AUGGAUCAUCAGCCUGGUACUUAUACGCCUCCGCAUCUGUCUGCGGAUUCGGCGGGCGUGCAGCUUCCAGUUCCGUUCUCGCCGACGUCGAGUGCACCUCCCUUCCCUCUAGCUGCUUCAUCCAGCUUGAUCGAAGUUCCAACUCCAGCACCGUCACCUCAGCCACAUACUAACGAGCUGGCUCGGUCAUGGAAGACACUGUGUACUGAUGCUGACAGUGAUGGUGCUUUUGAUGAAAUCCGUGAGAAGUUUAGCACUAUGCCGGCGAAAGACCGCGGGGAGUUGUUGAUCGACUUGCUGAGCAUGUGCACCACGCAAGAGCUAGUAUCGGUGAAUGCUUUCGUUGCGCCUCGGCUGAAACGCGACUUUCUGAAAGAGCUGCCCACUGAGUUGGGUCUUAGGAUUCUCUCGUAUAUCGACGACGCACCGACGCUUGCACGGGCAUCACAAGUAUCCCGGCAUUGGCAUAGCCUUUUGAACGAUGAUUUGACGUGGAAGCUGUUGUGCCAAAAACACCGUUAUCGGAGGCUUAGCUCUAUAUCUGCUACGGAAGAUGAAACGGCAGCGACAAAAUUGCCACCCUCAAGCUCCCUUUUACCUACAAGCUCUGGGCCCAAACAUGGGUCGGGCCUGUCAUCGUCCUCCUCAACAAGGCCACCCAAGCCAACCUCUUACAAAAGUCAUUUCAAGCAGCGGUACAUCGUGGAACAAGCAUGGCGGUCCGGAGGAAAGAUUUUGGCAAAGCAUAUCACCCAGGACAACGGUGUAGUGACUGCCCUGCAUCUUACGUCCACAUAUAUUGUAGUCGGCCUCGACAACUCGAAGAUUCACGUGUUUGACCAGAACGGCAAGUUUCUACGAACACUGAUUGGUCAUGAUGCAGGCGUGUGGGCCUUGGUGCCGUAUGGUGAUACUUUGGUCUCUGGAGGGUGUGACCGCGACGUAAGAGUAUGGGAUUUGAGGACUGGCAUGUGCCGUCAUACUCUACAGGGACACUCGUCAACUGUCCGGUGCCUCAAGAUGAGUGAUUCCAAGACGGCGAUUUCAGGGUCAAGAGAUACGACGUUGAGAAUUUGGGAUAUCGAACGCGGCGAAUGUCGUCGCGUACUUAUAGGACACGGAGCUUCUGUUCGAUGUGUCGAGGUCUGGGGUGAUCUCUGUGUUAGUGGGAGUUAUGACACCACCGCUAGGAUAUGGAGUAUCUCGACUGGGCAGUGCUUGAAAACCCUGCAGGGUCAUGUUAGCCAGAUUUAUGCCAUAGCUUUCGAUGGCGAACAUAUCGCAACGGGCUCUCUCGACACCACCAUUCGCAUUUGGGAUCCUCAAUCUGGCAUGUGCUUGUCAGUUCUUCAAGGUCACACAUCGCUUGUCGGUCAACUGCAAAUCCGGUAUCCAACGUUGGUGACGGGUGGUUCCGAUGGCAGUGUACGGGUGUGGGAUCUGGAAACGCACAGCUGCGUUCACCGAUUGGCUGCGCAUGACAAUAGUGUUACCAGUUUGCAGUUUGAUUCCAUGAGAAUCGUGUCGGCAGGCAGUGACGGGCGCGUAAAGGUUUGGGAUCUUCAAACAGGCGCCUUGAUCCGCGAGCUGUGCAGUCCAGCUGAUGCGGUAUGGCGCGUUGCUUUCGAGGAAGAGAAGGCCGUGGUGCUAGCGAGUAGAAACCAAAGGACUACCAUGGAACUGAUUUCAUUUGAGGCUUAUCUGAAUGAUCCGUCUAUGGACUACACGGAAUAUCAGGUUAAGGCUCUCAAUGAUCAGAAAUGGGACUGA